ACUACCUUUACGAACGCGACAAUUAUAAAAUCAUAUUUUUACGAAUGCAUCCAUAAAAUAUUUAGUUCGUUUUCUAUAUCGAGAGCUGUCAUCAUAACGCUGUCUUUCUAUUGGUUCAAUUCCUGUCCUGAGAAUCAAGCUACUUACAGUUACCAAUCAGAGCGCUAGUUUCUGGAGGCGUACAUGGAAAACAUACUCAAUCCACAAACGUCACAAAAAUCCAUGUCGAACUGUCAAAUUUUGCGAAACACACAAAUGGACGAAGUUCCAAAAACUUGUUUUGCUUUAGUUUACGACAACUACGUUUAACUUCACGUUCAAAAAUGCCGGAAAAUGUCCUCAACCAUGCGUAAGAAAACUCAGGUGUCGUUCGUGAUCCGUGACGAGGAGGAGAGGCGUCACAAGAAUGGUGUUAGUUCGUUGCAACUGGAUCCUCUCCAGGGCAGAUUGUAUUCGGCCGGCCGGGAUGGGAUCAUACGUGUGUGGCAGACGGGGGCCGGAGUACAAGACAGGUACAUCCAGAGCAUGGAACACCACACCGACUGGGUCAACGAUAUAGUGCUGUGUUGCGGCGGGAAGAAUCUAAUAAGCGCUUCAUCAGACACGACUGUUAAAGUGUGGAACGCGCAUAAAGGCUUCUGCAUGUCCACACUACGCACUCACAAGGACUACGUGAGGACGCUGGCAUACGCGAAAGACAAGGAGCAAGUGGCAAGUGCCGGUUUAGAUCGCGCCAUAUUCUUGUGGGACGUAAACACUUUAACAGCUCUGACGGCCAGCAACAACACAGUUACUACAUCUAGUCUCGUCGGUAAUAAGGAAUCUAUAUACAGUCUGGCCAUGAACCCGCCCGGGACAAUAUUAGUGAGCGGAUCCACAGAAAAAGUUUUAAGAGUUUGGGACCCAAGGAACUGUUCAAGGCUUAUGAAGUUAAAAGGACAUGCAGAUAAUGUAAAAGCGCUAGUUGUGAGUCGAGAUGGGUCACAGUGUGUGUCAGGAAGCUCAGAUGGAACUAUCAAACUGUGGUCAUUGUCACAACAGAGGUGCGUCUCAACUAUUAGAGUACAUUCCGAAGCAGUCUGGGCGUUACUAGCCACAGAAAACUUCACACACAUAAUUUCCGGUGGCAGAGAUAAACUGGUCAUCAUAACAGAACUACGAAACCCUGACAACUUCAUGAUAGUCUGUGAAGAAACGGCCCCAAUCCUCAAGUUAUGUUUCACAGCUGACCAGCAAGGAGUCUGGGUGUCCACCUCAGAAUCUGACAUUCGGAGUUGGAAACUGCCUCCACUAAACUCCUUAAACUCAGAAACGUAUAACCAAAACUCUUACAAUACUAACAAUGUAUAUCAAACCGCACCAGUCUAUAACAUUCCAGGUGGACCAGCCAUCAAACAAUAUGUGGUUCUAAAUGACAAACGCCAUAUUUUAACAAAAGACACAGUGAGCAACGUAGCAGUAUAUGACGUGUUGAAAGCAAGCCGAGUGGAAGAACUCGGAGAAGUUGACUUUGAUGAAGAAGUGAAGAAACGGUUCAAAAUGGUUUUCGUGCCAAAUUGGUUCAAUGUUGACUUGAAAACUGGUAUGUUGACAAUCCAUUUAGGGCAAGAUGAAACUGACUGCUUGAGUGCAUGGGUCAGUGCUAAAGAGGCUGGCUUGACCACAGAGAAUGACCAGAAAGUCAACUUUGGCGCGUUACUUCUGCAAGCUUUGCUAGAACAUUGGAACCAUCCUAACAGAGUGAAUGAAUCUGGACAGAAAGUUAUUGGUAAUAACUAUUUUAGUGUACCACUGCAUACGCCAUUGAUCUUCAGUGAGGUUGGUGGCAGAACACUAUACAGACUACAGGUAGGAGACGCAGGCGGAGAGACGGAGGGCAACCUGCUCAGCGAGACGGUCCCCUCGUGGGUCGUGGACGUGGCCAUAGAGAUGGUGGCGCCCUCUCUCAACAAGCUGCCGUUCUACCUGCUGUCACAUGCCAGUUGCCAGAGCAAGCAGGAUAGGCAGAAGAAGGACCGCCUUGUAGCGAACGACUUCAUCCAGUGCCGCAAAGUCGCCGAACACGUGGUGGAGAAGAUCCUGGGCGCCGGCGACAUGGCGGCCCCCGGCGGCAACAAGAGCAACGGGGAUACUGCCAUCGCACAGGACGAGAAGGUGCAGCUGCUGUGUAUGGACCAGGUGCUUGACCCUAAUAUGGACCUACGCACAGUUCGUCACUUCAUCUGGAAGUCGAACGUCGAGUUCACACUACACUACCGGGUGAUGAAACAGUGAAGUUAUUAAUGUGAAUUAUAGAAAAAUAUUUAUUGGGAAGGAAAUGAUAGCCAGUAUUCUUACUUGUUUGUGCAACAUUUUUGUAGAAAACUUUUCCACUUGUGUAUCGUUUCAGCCUUGAGUGUGUAAGAAGUCAAGUUAAGAAUUUCUGAGAACACUGUGUUACAUUUGAGGC